AGUCAGCAGAAAAAGGGGGAGCAUGCACAUUGCUCAAAUGAAGCGACUGGAAUUAGUCAAAUUCGAAAUACGAACACGCAUGGAUCGUUGCUAACCGACCGACCUCCCGUUGACGACCGACGGCCGCCCAUAGUUUGUUUAGUGAAGGUUGUUUGGCUUUGCGCCCGCGUGCGCCCGUCCGCGUUCCGCGUUCUUUCCCCCGGUUGUUGUGGUCAUGUGGCGGUGUUGCAGUUAGUGAGCUGCUCGGGACCAACUGUUACCAUUAAUUCGAAAUUUCCGUUUUUUCCUGGACCGUAAAAAGGUGUAAUUUUGAAAGUUCAGUCGGCUUCGGCUUGCUAUGUUUGCAUUCAAAAUUGUCAACGUCAGCGUUUGACGCCUACUUGGUGUUGUUUUGAAAUUAGUGGGAGUACGAGGGCGAGUUCGAAUAGAGUGCAUCAUUUGCAUCCGUACACUGAGUGAAUCGGAAAGGUGGAACCGUGGAUCGUUAUCGAAUGAUUUUUAAUGGUUGUUGGUGCUUGAGUGGAAUAGGAGGAAGCGAAAAUUAACGAAUUGUCAACCAACGACAAGAAAAACAAAGCGAAAAGGAAGCAUAAAGCGGAAAACUACACCGACAAACGUGGAAAAGUGGGAAUACAACAUAGGGUAACGACAGUUGGAAGUGAAUAACAAGAAAACGGCAGGCACAAGUCAUCAAAGAUAGUGGAUAGCAGAUCGAGUGAACAAUAGUGUUAUCCAUCAAACGAGUGCAUGCAUAGAGCUCCAGAGUCAGUGCGGUUUCGUGUUUGUUGUGUGUGCGUACUCAGCUGAGCUCCGACCGAAUCAAAAUAGCAACGACCAAAAAUAAGCACCAAAAUAAACAAAAGUAUCGAAAUUUCUUCACGCCCAACAGCAUUUGAAACAAAACUCUCCAACGAAUAGAGUCGAACUAAUUUUAAUCGAGAACCCCCCCCCCCCCCUUAACCCCUCUAACUAAAUUUCUCAAACGAUCAAAACCGACGACGCCCGGCUGGGGUGCACCAGCUAAACAAGUUUGGUGCAUUGUUUUGAAAGUUCCUCCCUGCCCUCCCUCGGCCUGUGCUUGCACCCGACCACCGCUUAGGGAAAAUAACACCAAACCUAGCAUGAGAGAAAGAAACAAAAACGACUAAUAGUGCUUUGUGAUGAAGAAAAUGAUCGUAACAAAGGAAAGUGAUAUUAAAAGUGAAAUUAUCGGCGAAACGAGCCUACCCAGAAAAAGCGACCGUAAUUAAUUAAACAAUAAACGCCGGUAACCAUGUUCCUCUUCUCGGUGCACCCUCAGUCUGGUGAAAUCGAUCGAAAAAUUCGUAACCACCCGGGUGCAGGCCAAUAAUUUCCUCGCGUAACAACUGGCCAAAUCCGACAACCAUCAUGCUGGAACCGGAACUGUACGGUGGAAGUGGGGUGUCGGAUCAUCAUCACCAUUUUAAGAACCAUCACCGGCACUACCACGGUCACCACCACCAUCAUCACCCGCACGGCAGCGGCGGCGGCGGUGGUGGAUCGUCUUCCGGGGAUCGGAAGUCCUCGUCUUCGUCGCGAUCUUCACCGCGGGGACAUUUGCAUACCAGCAGCGGAGGGGAAAAGCUCAAGUACCAGAAUGCGUUCAGUGCGACCGGUGUGGGGGGAGGAUCGGACGGGUACUUUCGGUACUAUCCCCACCAGCACAGUAGCUAUUAUGAUUUGAGUGAAAAGUUGGACAGCUUGAAUAUCAAACCGGAAAGUGGGAGCGAAUCGAGGAAGAAUGAUAGUAAUAAUAACAGCAACAAGAAUACGAGUACGAGCAGUGUUUUAAGCAAUGGAAGUGAGGGUGCGGGAAGCAGUGGCAGCGGCCGGAAGAAGACCACGGUGGUUUAUGUGGGUGAUGGGAGAAGUCGGGUGCGGAGGGUGGUUCGAACGCAGACGAGGCACAUUACGGUGGUGAGCUACUCCGGGAGGAAGAAGGACACGGCCACGCACACCACACAUCAUGCGACGGUUUUGAG